UCCUGGGCUCAUGCCUGGUCCGGCCCAGGCAGCCGCAGCCGGCGAGCGGCCUCAGGACGACAGCUCCCCGGGGGGGGCGGAGGAGCAGGAGGACUCUGUGGGGCUGGAGGAGCUGUGUAAACCGCUGUACUGCAAGCUCUGCAACGUGACGCUCAACUCUGCUCAGCAGGCGCAGGCGCACUACCAAGGGAAGAACCACAGCAAAAAGUUGAAGAACUUCUACGCCGGCAGCCAGCAGCCUCCAGCCAUCAGGAUGUGUGAGGUCCCAGAGGCCGGGCAGACAGCGCCCGGCGCAGGAGGGCGGCGACGGGGGACGCAGGCAGGCAGGUCAGAGGCCCCGCAGCCGCUGUACACGGGGGCGACCCGAGUCAUCUUGGCCACGGAGAAUGACUAUUGUAAGCUGUGUGACGCCUCCUUCAGCUCACUGGCCGUUGCACAGGCACAUUACCAGGGAAAGAACCACGCCAAGAAGCUACGGCUUGCUGAGGCCCAGCAGAACUGCAAUAACAUGGAUGGCAGCAUUGAGGCGGCGCUAAGAAGAAACAGGAAAGACGGCAGUGAGUACAGACUGGUCAAAAACCGCCGCAGCCCCCAGCUGCCUGCUUCUAUGCCAGGGCCGUACUACAACCCCAGGCCCAGGCAACGCAUCCCCAGAGACCUGGCCAUGUGCGUCACCCCCAGCGGACAGUUCUACUGCUCCAUGUGCAACUGCGGAGCCGAGCACGAGACCGAGUUCCGGCAGCAUUUGGAGAGCAAGCAGCACAAAGCCAAGAUGUCUGAGCUGAGGUAUCGCCACGAGAUGGAGAACCUCGGCUACAGCUAAGAGCCAUGAGGGACGAGGGGAACGAGACCAAAGUGCAGGGAAGCAAAUAGUGGUUAAUAGUGCAGUACAGAGAUGAGUAAAGAGAUUUAGCUGCAAUUCAUUUCAAGUCAAAUUGAAGCUAUGAGGAGAUCUGAUGGCUUCAUAUGAGUCUAGAAGCAGAACAGAAAACUGAAUUUUAAAAAAGUCUGCGUCGCUUCAUACCUGAGCCAUCAUCCUUUUAUCGAUGUCCUUCCCUGCUCAAUUCAAAUGAAUUGCAAAGAAAUCUCGCCUGGUUUGAGUCUAAGGGAAAAGAGGGGAGGUGCAAUAACGCGACAGGAUGAAGACAUUGAGAUCGAACUAGUCUCUAGAUGUAAUCAUCACUGAGGAUGAAGGUGAAGUUGAAUUCUUUUGCUGGAAUCAGCCUUACCGUUAUUUUUACAGGCUUCGCAGCAGCAGAUUCGGGGACAACUUAACCCCUUUUUCACCCAAUCUAGUUUGAGAGCUGGUUCUGAGCCGGUGCCAAAAUUUAAACCAGUUCUAGUCUUUUCUCCGUCUGCAGCCAAAGACGUUGGGGCGAUAGAGACCCGUACAGCCAGAGAUGCGUUCAGGUACAACAGCAAAACAACUGAACGGUUCCGUAGUCGAACCGGCACCGCAGCAAAUUCCACAUCUUUACAAUCGACUACAGGUGAAAUCGAAUCCACAGUACGACACAACAAAGCACAACAGCAGCAGCUGGUUUCAGAGCUCCACAUCCACGAGCUCGGAGGAUGUGCUGCGUCGUCCGGCGUGACCGCAGCCCCGGUCUGUGCCUUCAGGGUGGAGACGCUAUAACACACGCUGAGCUUUGGCUUAACAUUGGGUGAACGGUAGCUAUGACUGCAGCGCUGAUUGUGUUUUUUUAUAUUCUGUGUUACCUAAUAAUCUUAAAAAUAAGGAACCCACAGAAAUGUAAAUAUCACCAACUUAUAAAACACUAACUCAUGUGAUAAGAACUAACACACCUGUGUUUUUUAUUAUUGGUAGAGUAGCGUAUGUUGUAAAUACUCAUAAUUAUCAGGAACUCCGAGUGACCUGGGUGAGUGUCUGUGUGUCAUGGUUGUGUGGUUGUGUGUGGGAGUCAUGGGUGUCGGAACCGCGGUGCCAUCAGGACCAUACAGGAGAAGCUGAAUCCUCAUGAGGAGAAACCGUGCAGCAUUCAGGACUCUGCAGCUGAAAGCAUUUAUCCUCCAACCUCCAAUUAGUUUGCGAAUUGCAAAUGAACGUGUGCCGAGCUCGUAGGUGAUUCCUUUUCAGAGACACGCUGUUAAAUUCUCCCCGUUGUGUUGAUUCCCUGAGGGGACACGACCAGGUUCUACCAGAGGAGCGACUCGUGUUCUGGCUGGAUCUGCAGACAGUUGGUAGAAACGUGUGACCCAGGUCCACAUUUUCAGCGCUGGCUCCGUGUUGAGACCGAGCUUUGGAACUAGACGUUUUUAUUUGAUUGUGGCCGAGGCACUUUGACACUGUCUGUUACGGCAUUGCAUUCAGAGAUGACAUAAAAUCUACAUAUUUAUUGUUUUAUUUAUGCCUCAAUAAAGCAGUUAAGAUGAUUUUAAUGCAGAUGUUAAGAUGCCAAUAAGCGUCACUUACACGCUAUCUGAACAGCUCUGUCAGAUGUAAAUCCUUCCUGUCUCAGUCGUUCAGCUCCAUCGUACCUGCUCCCACAUAUUCUGUCAGACGCCUGAUGUGGAAGCGUUUCCUCUGGUCGCUUUGCUUCACCGUGGGAGGAGGCAGCUGUUCACAUCUUACAUUUGCCUCUAGAGCACAAACACACCCCGUCACACACAUGAGGACACUCAUGAGGGAGAUUAACACUGUGAGGACAAAGUGUGUGUGUUUAGGGAUUUGAACGUGACGGGCAGAGACAAACAGGCAGCGAAAGGAGGCGAACGCUGAGCAGAGGAGCUGGAACCAAAGCUGAGACGCAGUCCCUCACGAUGGAGCUGCAAUCUGUUAAUAGCCUCCUCCUCCUCCUGGAAAUAACAUGCUUUGUCUUACAUGAAAGCGCUGAUAGCAUAACCUUUUAUUAUGAUGACAGGCUCCUUUAUAGGAGCCGUACUCCAGUGCAGCUACUGAACACCUUCUGUGAGUGCAUGAACUAAUGCCUGAGCAGCUCCUGCCUCAGAGCCGUAACAGGAGACAACAGCCGGGAAACCAGCUUUCUGCUGGACCCUGUACCGUCAUCGCCCCCUUUGGCCCGUGAUGCCUUGGAGCGAGGCAACGGCGACGCAGGCUCUGCAGUGAUAUUUGGUGACUGGGUCUCUGGACCCACAGGUUAAAGAUGGACUACAUACAAUAGUGCCUGGAAGUGAAGGGACCUUCUAUCUAGGUCUCAUUACCACGUAACUCAAAGCCUUCGAGUUAAAAGUUAAUAAUGGAUUGAAAAAACUCAGAAAGAAGGCGGUUUCACUUAACUGAGAAAAGCCUCAAACCCAUCAGGCUCCUGAUGAAACAGGAUGAAAUAACAGGGAAAAUACAAUUUGGAGUUAAUGAGCUGAAACGCGGCAGGCCACCGGUAAACCGAGGCUCGCUUCAAGCGGAAACACGCUUCUCCAUUUCAGGAUCCUGAACACUCAUAUAAAUGUUUUAAGCAUGGAGUUAAAAGGUUCAAAGCAAAAUAACGAACCUCAUUAUAAGUAAAUAAAUCAAAUCCCAUGUGAUGAGAGGUUUACGUUUGGACAGUAGGCGUUCAAGAAAUCAGACACAUCCUGUGUUGUUUCUGUUUGGUCUCUUCUAAAUGUGUAAACUUAUUGAGUAGCUCUUUCUAUAUAUGUCUAUAUAUAAAUAGAUAUAGAUGUAUAUACUGUACUGUACAUAAUUAACCAAUGCUGUUACCUGAAGGCUGAUGUGUCUCAGCAUCAUAACGUACUGUAGAAAUUAAGUUACUCCUCAACUGCUUCAUUGUAAAUGACAGUUUUACAUAUUACACCAUUUGAACUGUAUCUGUUUUAUUUUGUGCGUUAGUGAAGUCAUAUUUAAUUACUGUGGAGAGAUGAAGUGUGAUGUGAGGAUGCUCUGAAGAGAGUCACAUCUACCAAAGGGCCCUGGAAAAAAACGUUGAAAGAACAGUUAUGUAACGUUGUGUUGUGAAGCGCAGGCAAAGGAUUUACUACAAAGACCCCAAUUCAAAAAAUGUUUCAUAUCAAGAUUUGCAAGAUGCUGUUUAGUGGGUGGAUAGUUUUCUGAUGACGACCUUUGACCUCCUUGUGAGCUGAGGAGGCAGGUCUGGAGCAGAAGGUGAUUAUCGUAGCGUAGCUCAGCUUAAAGGAUGGAGACAGUGAGAGGCAGCAAGCUUAGCCUUUCUCCAGGCUCAGAAAUAUGGAUCUUAACAGCUUUAAACUCACUAAUUAACAUGCAUCCAGAUUUUGCAUAAGCUCUGCAAGUGUCUCUUGAUUAACAGAGCCACACAAGCUGCUCCCCCCUGCAGUUUCUCAUCUAACUCUCAGCCAGGAGGAGGAUAUCAGGGAGUCGGUCCCAGUGUCAGGCUCCUGAUGCAGAUCUGCUGUUUGCCUGCGUUCGUGCUGGUCUGAAGCCCGAGGCCGGGUCGGGACCCCUCAGCUCAGCUCCAUGUGCUGCCGGGCCCCAAACUCCUAGCAGUGGCCCUGGAUCUACGCUUUCUGCUCCUGUGCUCUGUGAAAACCUCAGCACACUUUCAGUGCCUCUGAACAAUGAUGCCAAUAAACCACAGACCGACCGAGCGCCUGGACGACUGACAUCUGAGCUGUGUGUGUGUUUUCUCACGGAUAAAUAAACGUGCAGAUAAUAAUAAUAACCGAGCUGAGUCUGUGA